AUGCAAGCCAAAUUCUUGAGUUGUAUCACCUUACUCAUUAUUCCUACCACAGCAACGAAACCAGCAAUAUGCAAAACCACUUCUGAUUACACAGCCACUUGUACGACAGGUGCUAAUUUGGCAUUAUAUGUGAAGAUUGGCAAUAAGACAGGAGUGCACCCGCCCAACGACCCGUUUUUUUAUUAUCAUGAAGUGAAAGGCUUCAGUGUCAUCAAAGUAAAAUAUGGUAGAUUGCUGAAACCUGGUAGUUCCAUCGUGAUCAAGAAUAUCACAUGCAGGUAUUGCCAGAUAAACUUCGAACCCGGUGCGUGGUACCUUGUUUCAGGCCAAUAUUAUGGAGGCACCUUUCUUUGGAUGGAUCGACUUGGCUUUAGUGAAAAAUGGCAAUGGUUUCUUAUGUGGAAAGUGUGGGCACUUGAGUAUCUUUGGUGCCUGAAGUAA